CUGGGGAUCACACAGGAUCCGGAGCUGGUGCUGAUAACAGCGGAAUCCCCCAUCUACCUCUCUCCUUGGUCCUGGAAUAGCGCUGCCGAUCACUAAGUAGCCAUAAGAUAUUGUAAUAAAACCCUCAGCACUUGCUCAGUAAUUUUGUGAAAGUCUCGAAUAAAAGGGACAUAAAACAAUUUUUUUGUGUGAAGGACUCCAAAAAUAAAGUUCUCUAGGGAUUAAAAAAAAAACAACCCAGAAAAUGCCGGCUGAUAUAAUGGAGAAAAAUUCCUCGUCCCCGGUGGCUGCUACCCCAGCUAGUGUCAACACGACACCGGAUAAACCAAAGACAGCAUCUGAGCACAGAAAGUCAUCAAAGCCUAUCAUGGAGAAAAGACGAAGAGCAAGAAUAAAUGAAAGUCUAAGCCAGCUGAAAACACUGAUUUUGGAUGCUCUUAAGAAAGAUAGUUCGCGUCAUUCCAAACUGGAGAAGGCAGACAUUCUGGAAAUGACAGUGAAACACCUCCGGAACCUGCAGCGGGCACAGAUGACGGCCGCACUAAGCACAGACCCGAGCGUGCUGGGGAAGUACCGCGCGGGCUUCAGCGAGUGCAUGAACGAGGUGACCCGCUUCCUGUCCACGUGCGAGGGCGUUAACACGGAGGUGCGCACCAGGCUGCUCGGCCACCUGGCCAACUGCAUGACCCAGAUCAACGCCAUGACCUACCCCGGGCAGCCGCACCCAGCCUUGCAGGCGCCGCCGCCGCCGCCGCCGCCAGGACCAGGAGGUCCGCAGCACGCGCCGUUCGCGCCACCGCCGCCGCUCGUGCCCAUCCCCGGGGGCGCGGCGCCCCCUCCCGGCGGCGCGCCCUGCAAACUGGGAAGCCCGGCGGGAGAGGCGGCAAAGGUUUUUGGCGGCUUCCAGGUGGUGCCGGCUCCUGACGGCCAGUUUGCCUUCCUCAUCCCCAACGGGGCAUUCGCUCACAGCGGCCCCGUCAUCCCAGUCUACACCACCAGCAGCGGGACCUCCGUGGGCCCCAAUGCAGUGUCGCCUUCCAGCGGCCCCUCGCUGACGGCGGACUCCAUGUGGAGGCCGUGGCGGAACUGAGGGGCUCAAGCCAUCCCUCCCCUCUAAACUCCCCAACCUAUCUCUCUUCCCUCGGGACACUGAACAGGAACUUGGACGCUGGGAGAGAAGAGGAGUUUUGUGGUUAAGUGGUUACUUUGGAUUUUUUAAUUUCUAAAAAGUUACUUUUUUGUAGAGAGCUGUAUUAAGUGACUGACCAUGCACUAUAUUUGUAUAUAUUUUAUAUGUUCAUAUUGGAUUGCGCCUUUGUAUUAUAAAAGUUCAGAUGACAUUUCGUUUUUUACACGAGAUUUCUUUUUUUAUGUGAUGCCAAAGAUGUUUGAAAAUGCUCUUAAAAUAUCUUCCUUUUGGGAAGUUUAUUUGAGAAAAUAAAAGAAAAAAGUGAAGA